UUACGAGGACAGCCCACAGCAUUCUCGCCAAAUAUGAAUGCAGUCUGGCCUUCACCACAGAAUGAAUCGGCUAACAUUGUGUUUAUGGAGAGAUCCCCUGCCCUGACUGGAACUGGAACAAUCAAUGUCAUCAUAGAUGACAUCAAUGACAAUGUCCCCACUUUUGCCAGCAAAAUGUAUUUCACAGAGAUUUCUGAAGAUGCACCCACUGGAACCGAUGUGUUGUUGGUAAAUGCUUCAGAUGCAGAUGCAUCAACAAAUGCAGUCAUAAGUUACAGCAUCAUGGGUGGAGACGCUCAGUUCACCAUCAACCCAUCCACAGGACAAAUCAUCACCAGUGCAUUGCUAGACAGGGAAACCAAAGAUAACUAUACUUUAGUGGUGGUCGCCAGUGAUGCCGGGUCCCCAGAGUCUCUCUCCAGUUCCACCAGUGUGCUGGUCACUGUGGCCGAUGUCAAUGAUAAUCCACCAAGAUUUCAGCACCAUCCAUAUGUCACCCACAUCCCAUCUCCUGCUCCACCAGGGGCCUUUGUCUUUGCGGUGACAGUCACUGAUGCCGACGUGGGACCUAAUUCAGAGCUGCAUUAUUCCCUCUCAGGUGGACACUCUGAGAAGUUCCGCAUUGACCCCCUGCGCGGCGCCAUCACCACAGCUGGGUCGCUGAGUGGGGUCUCUGAGGUGACCUUCUCUGUGCACGUGAGAGAUGGCGGCUCGUUCCCUAGGGCCGACUCCACCACGGUGACCGUCAGGUUUGCCAACAAAGCAGAUUUCCCCAAAGUUCGAGCCAAAGAACAGGCACUGGUGUUUCCCGAGAACCAGCCGGUGGGCACGCUGGCCACCACAGUCACCGGGUCGUCCCCGCGGGGUGAUGCACUGUCCUACUACAUCGCCAGUGGAAACCUGGGUGGCGCCUUCCAGAUCGACCCGCUGACCGGCCAGGUGUCCAUCCGGCGGCCCCUAGACUUCGAGCGGACACAGAGGUACGUGGUGUGGAUAGAGGCUCGAGACGCGGGCUUCCCGCCCUUCUCUUCUUAUGAGAAACUGGACAUCACGGUCUUGGAUGUUAACGACAAUGCCCCCACCUUUCGAGAAGACCCCUUUGCAGCGGCUGUCCUCGAAAACCUUUCUCCUCGGACAGUACUCACCGUCUCUGCGGUGGACAGGGACAGUGGGCCAAACAGCCAGUUAGGAUAUGAGAUCGUGGACGGGAACGCGGAAAACAGCUUCAGUAUCCACCACGCCACCGGGGAGAUCAGAAGCACCCGACCCCUAGACCGAGAAAAAACCCCCCGUUACGUUCUCACCGUGAGAUCCUCCGAUAAGGGCUCUCCUUCCCGGAGCACCUCGGUGAGAGUCGUCAUCACCGUGCUGGAUGAAAACGACAAUGCCCCCAAGUUUUCCCAGAUCUUCACAGCCCACGUUUCGGAAAACUCGCCUCUGGGAUUCACUGUGACUCGGGUCACGACGUCCGACGAGGACAUCGGCGUCAACGCGGUCAGCAGGUACUCCCUCACGGACCAGAGCCUCCCAUUCUCCAUCAACCCCAGCACCGGCGACAUCGUGGUCAGCAGGCCUCUAGACAGGGAGGACACGGACCGCUACCGAAUCCGCGUCUCGGCGCACGAUUCCGGGUGGACCGUGAGCACGGACGUGGCCAUCUUCGUGACAGAUGUGAACGACAAUGCCCCGCGCUUCGGCAGGCCCUCCUACUACCUGGACUGCCCCGAACUGACGGACGUGGGUGCCGGCGUGGCGCGCGUCUCGGCUGCCGAUCCGGACGAAGGCGCCAAUGGACAAGUGGUUUACUUCAUUAAGUCUCAGUCUGAGUACUUCAGGAUUAACGCCACCACCGGGGAGAUCUUCAACAAGCAGGCCUUAAAAUACCAGAACGUCAGCGGCAUCGGAAACGUGAACGUCAACAGACACAGUUUCGUGGUGACCGCGUCGGACCGGGGCGCGCCGGCCCUGCUCAGCGAGACCACCGUCACCAUCCGCGUCGUGGACAGCAACGACAACGCGCCGCGCUUCCCCCAAGACCGUUACUUCACCCCGGUCACCAAAACCGCGCGUGUGGGCGCCAGGCUGAUCCAGGUCACUGCGGUGGAUGACAAGGACUUUGGGCUGAACUCCCAGGUGGAGUAUUUCAUGUCUGACCACAGUAGGGCGGGGAGGUUUACGAUGGACAGAGACACAGGGUGGAUUUCUGUCGCGUCCUCGCUGAUUUCCGACUUGAACCAGGACUUUCUGAUCACAGUCACCGCGAAGGAUAAAGGAAACCCUCCUCUUUCUUCCCAAGCUACGGUGCAAAUAACUGUCACUGAAGAAAACUACCACACACCUGAAUUCUCCCAGAGCCACGUGACGGUCACCGUUCCCGAGAGCUACGGCGUCGGGGGCGUCAUCAGGACGCUGUCGGCCAGGGACGGGGACGCGGCCAUGAACGGCGCCAUCCAGUACGGCAUCUCCUCCGGGAACGAAGAAGGCACUUUUGCCAUCAACUCAUCCACAGGGGUGCUGACCUUAGCCAAAGCCCUCGAUUACGAGCUGUGCCGGAAACAUGAGCUGACCGUCAGCGCCGCGGACGGAGGCUGGGUUGUCAGAACCGGCUUCUGCCGUGUGACCGUCCACGUGGCAGACGUGAAUGACAAUUCUCCGGCUUUUGUUCCCGAAGAGUAUUUCCUUACUGUUCUGGAAAAUGCCCCGAGUGGGACGACAGUGGUCCACCUGAACGCCACGGACGCGGACGCUGGGAUGAACGCCGUGGUGGCGUACAGUGUGCAGGCCUCGGACAGCGACCUCUUCAUCAUCGACCCCAACACCGGCAUCCUCACCACCCAGGGCUUCCUGGACUUCGAGACCAAGCAGAGUUACCACCUCACUGUGAAGGCCUUCAACGUGCCGGAUGAGGAUCGGUGUGGCUUCGCCUCCAUCACCGUCCAGCUGGAGGGAACCAACGAAUACGUGCCGCGCUUCGUCUCCAAACACUACUACUUUGAAGUCUCCGAGGCGGCGCCCCGGGGCACCGUGGUGGGAGAGGUCUUUGCCAGUGACCGGGACCUGGGCUCCGACGGCGAGGUCCAUUAUUUAAUUUUUGGCAGCAGUCGAAAGAAAGGCUUGCAGAUUAGUAAGAAGACGGGACAGAUCUACGUGUCUGGGCUUCUGGACAGAGAGAAAGAAGAAAGGGUGUCUUUGAAGGUGCUGGCCAAGAACGCCGGCAGCAUCCGGGGUGCGGACGUGGACGAGGUGACGGUGAACGUCACGGUGCUGGACGCCAAUGACCCACCCGUGUUCAGCCUGGACGUGUACCGGGUGCAGGUGAGUGAGGGCGUCCCGGUAGGUACGCAUGUCACCUUUGUCAGUGCCUUCGACGCUGACUCCACGCCCAGCUGGAGCCGCUUCUCCUAUGUCCUGGGGCCAGGGAACGAGCAGGGCGCCUUCUCCGUGAACCCCCAGACCGGGCAGAUCACGGUGACGGCCGAGCUGGACCGUGAAGCCCGCCCCGUGUACAACCUCACGGUCCUGGCCGUGGACUCGGGGACACCGCCGGCCACGGGCAGUGCCGCCCUGCUGGUCACCCUGGAGGACAUCAAUGAUAACGGGCCGCUGCUGGCCAUCAGCGAGGGGGAGGUGACGGAAAACCAGCGGCCGGGCACCCUGGUGCUCACCCUCCGCUCCACUGACCCCGACCUCCCGCCCAACCAGGGCCCCUUCACCUACCACCUCCUGAGCACGGGCCCCGCCACCAACUACUUCAGCCUGAGCUCAGCUGGGGUCCUGAGUACCACUAGGGAGAUCGACCGAGAGCAGAUUGCCACCUUCCGCCUGUCGGUGGUCACCCGGGACUCGGGCAUCCCACAGAUGUCCUCCACAGGGACAGUGCGCAUCACCGUCCGGGACCAGAACGACAACCCCUCCCAGCCCCGUGCCCUGGACAUCUUCGUCCACUACUUCGGGAAGGUGUUUCCGGGCGGGAUCCUGGGCUCGGUGAAGCCGCAGGACCCCGACGUGCUGGACAGCUUCCGCUGCACGCUGACCUCGGGGCUCACGGGCCUCUUCAGCAUCCCCGCAGGUGCCUGCGAGCUGAGCGCCCAGCCGCGCUCCUCCGACGGGGCCUUCGACCUGACGGUGCUCAGCAGUGACGGCCUGCACAGCGCGGUGACCAGCAGUGUCCGUGUGCUCUUCUCCGGCUUCUCUAACGCCACGGUGGACAACAGCAUCUUGCUCCGCGUGGCCGUGCCCACCGUCAGGGAUUUCCUGACGAACCAUUACGUGUCUUUCCUGCGCACCGCCGGCUCGCAGCUGACAGGCCUGGGAACCGCUGUCCAGCUCUACGGGGCCUACGAAGAAAACAACAGGACAUUUCUCCUGGCAGCGGUGAAGAGAAACAGUAACCAGUAUGUCAGUGCCAGCGGCGUUGCCACCUUCUUUGAGAGCAUCCAGGAGGUGCUCCUGCGGCAGAGCGGGGUGAGGAUCGAGUCUGUGGAUCAUGACGCCUGCGCCCAGGGGCCCUGCCAGAACGGGGGCAGCUGCAUCCGGAGACUGGCCGUGAGCCCUGACCUGCAGAGCCGGGAGAGCCUGCCCGUCAUCCUCGUGGCGAACGAGCCCCUCCAGCCGUUCUUCUGCAGGUGUCUGCCGGGGUACGCCGGCAACUGGUGCGAGACGGACAUCGACGAGUGCCUGCCGGCCCCGUGCCACAAUGGUGGAACCUGUCACAACUUGGUGGGGGGCUUUUCCUGCAGCUGUCCGGAGGGCUUCACCGGGAGGGCCUGUGAGAGAGAUAUCAACGAAUGUCUGCCCAGCCCUUGCAAAAACGGGGCCAUCUGCCAGAACUUUCCAGGAGGCUUCAACUGUGUUUGCAAAACUGGAUAUACAGGGAAAAUGUGUGAAUCAUCAGUCAAUUACUGUGAAUGCAACCCGUGCUUCAAUGGUGGCUCUUGCCAAAGUGGCAUGGAUACAUACUACUGCCAUUGUCCGUUUGGUGUCUUUGGCAAACACUGUGAGCUGAACAGCUAUGGCUUUGAGGAGCUGUCAUACAUGGAAUUUCCAAGCUUGGAUCCCAAUAACAACUAUAUUUAUGUCAAAUUUGCCACCAUCAAAAGUCAUGCAUUAUUGCUUUACAACUAUGACAACCAGACUGGUGAGAGGGCUGAGUUUUUGGCCCUUGAAAUUGCUGAGGAAAGACUACGGUUCUCUUAUAACUUAGGUAGUGGUACAUACAAGCUCACCACCAUGAAGAAAGUGUCAGAUGGACAUUUUCACACUGUGAUUGCCCGGAGAGCAGGAAUGGCAGCCUCCCUAACUGUAGACUCCUGCUCUGAGAACCAGGAACCAGGGUACUGCACCGUCAGCAACGUGGCUGUCUCAGAUGACUGGACCCUGGAUGUGCAGCCCAACCGCGUGACCGUGGGUGGCCUCCGAUCCCUGGAGCCCAUCCUGCAGAGGCCUGGGCAUGUGGAAAGCCAUGAUUUUGUGGGUUGCAUCAUGGAGUUUGCAGUCAAUGGGAGGCCUCUGGAGCCCAGCCAGGCAUUGGCAGUCCACGGCCUCCUAGACCAAUGCCCCAGACUAGAAGGAGCCUGCACACGCACCCCUUGCCAGCAUGGUGGCACCUGCGUGGACCACUGGUCCUGGCAGCAGUGUCGCUGCAGAGAGGGCCUGGCUGGGAAAUACUGUGAGAAAUCUAUUACUCCAGACACAGCCUUGUCUUUAGAAGGCAAAGGACGUCUGGAUUACCACAUGAGCCAGAAUGAGAAGAGGGAGCAUCUGCUGAGGCAGAGCCUGCGAGGGGCCCCAGUGGAACCUUAUGGUGUGAACAGUCUGGAAGUCAAAUUCAGGACAAGAAGUGAGAAUGGAAUUUUAAUCCACAUCCAAGAAAGCAGCAACUACACAACAGUUAAGAUCAAGAAUGGGAAAGUACAUUUCACUUCUGAUGCAGGGAUUGCUGGGAAAGUGGAGAGAAAUAUUCCUGAAGUUUAUGUUGCGGAUGGACACUGGCAUACUUUCUUAAUUGGGAAGAAUGGAAGUGCCACGGUAUUGUCCAUUGACAGAAUGUAUAGCAGAGAUAUCCUUCACCCCACUCAGGAUUUUGGUGGUCUCGAUGUGCUCACCAUAUCUCUUGGUGGAAUUCCACCCAACCAAGCUCACAGAGAUGCCCAAACAGGGCUCAGCGGCUGCAUUGCUUGGGUGUUAUAUGGAGGUGAAAGUCUCCCUUUCAGCGGGAAGCACAGCUUGGCCUCCAUCUCGAAAACAGAUCCCUCGGUGAAGAUCGGCUGUCGCGGGCCCAACAUCUGUGCCAGCAACCCCUGCUGGGGCGACCUGCUGUGCCUGAACCAGUGGUAUGCAUACAAGUGCGUUCCUCCCGGGGACUGCGCCUCCCACCCAUGCCAGAACGGGGGCAGCUGCGAGCCUGGCCUCGUCUCGGAUUUCACCUGCAGCUGCCCUGAGUCGCACACGGGGCGGACCUGUGAGACCGUGGUGGCCUGCCUGGGCAUCCUGUGCCCCCAGGGCAAAGUGUGCAAGGCUGGAAGUCACGGAGGGCACGUGUGCGUGUUGAGCCCCAGCCCGGAGGAGAUCUCGCUCCCCCUGUGGGCCGUGCCCGCCAUCGUGGGCAGUUGCGCCACCGUCCUCGCCUUCUUGGUCCUCAGCCUCAUAGUGUGCAAUCAGUGCCGAGGGAAGAAAGGCAAGAGUCCAAAGCAGGACAAGAAACCGAAGGAGAAGAAGAAGAAGAAAAAGAAGAAGAAAGGCAGCGAGAACGUCGCUUUCGAUGACCCAGACAACAUCCCUUCCUACGCGGACGACCUGACAGUGAGAAAGCAGCCCGAGGGGAACCCCAAGCCGGACAUCAUCGAGCGGGAGAACCCCUAUCUCAUCUACGACGAGACGGGGCUCCCCCACGGUGCGGAGACCGUGCCCAGCGCGCCCCUGGCCUCCCCGGAGCAGGAGAUCGAGCACUAUGACAUCGACAAUGCCAGCAGCAUCGCGCCCUCGGACGCCGACAUCAUCCAGCACUACAAGCAGUUCCGCAGCCACACGCCCAAGUUCUCCAUCCAGAGGCACAGCCCGCUGGGCUUCGCCCGGCAGUCCCCCAUGCCCCUGGGCGCCAGCAGCCUCACCUACCAGCCCCCCUACGGGCCCGGGCUGAGAAGCGGCUCGCUCAGCCACUCGGCUUGUCCCACCCCCAACCCUCUGUCUCGACACAGCCCAGCGCCUUUCUCCAAAUCAUCUACUUUCUACAGUAACAGCCCAGCCAGGGAGCUCCAUCUUCCUCUGAGAGAUGGAAACACGUUGGAAAUGCACGACACCUGCCAACCUGGCCUUUUCAACUAUGCCACGAGGCUGGGGAGGAGGAGCAAGAGUCCGCAGGCCAUGGUGGCUCACGGCUCCAGACCGGGGAGUCGCCUCAAGCAGCCGAUCGGGCAGAUUCCGCUGGACUCCUCCCCGCCGGUGGGACUCUCCAUCGAAGAGGUGGAGAGGCUGAACACCCCGCGCCCGCGGAACCCCAGCAUCUGCAGCGCCGACCACGGGAGGUCCUCGUCGGAGGAGGACUGCCGACGCCCGCUGUCCAGAACCCGGAACCCGGCCGACGGUAUUCCGGCUCCGGAGUCUUCCUCCGACAGCGACUCGCACGAGUCCUUCACCUGCUCGGAGAUGGAGUACGACCGCGAGAAGCCGAUGGCCUACAUGUCCAGGGUGCCCAAGCUCUCCCAGGUCAACGAGUCGGACGCCGAUGACGAGGACAACUACGGCGCCAGGCUGAAGCCUCGGCGGUUCCACGGGCGCCGGGCGGAGGGCGGCCCCGCGGGGCCCCAGGCGGCAGCCGCGGGCGACGGCACGCUGAGGCCGGGCCAGCCGGCGGGCGGCUUCAGCUGGGACAGCCUCCUGAGCUGGGGGCCCGGCUUCGGCCACUAUGCUGACGUCUUCAUCGACUUGGCGUCUCUCCCAGAAAAGGCGGCGGGCAAAGAAGAAGCCGGGGCCGCGAAGCCUGGCCCCGCGGAGGGCGAGGCCGAGCAGCGCGCAUGAGGCGCCCGGCAGGGGAGGGGAAAGCCAGAACCCCGACCCGCGGGGCGAUCGCGGACCGAGUGUGGACCCCACUCACAGAGGGCCCUCGGAGGCCCUCGGUGGACGGACGCG